UCAGUCAAGUGGUGUAAUGAAUUUGUUUAGUCGUUGAGCCCUGUUUGUAUCAUCACUCAUCAGUUCAACUUUAACUCUCUGUGUGGGUAGUGCAGUGAGAGUAAAAUGUCUGAAGCAACAUUACUAGAACCGGGUACGGUAAUUCGACCUAUCAUCGAUCACGAAGGGGUCAAAUUAUUAGUCGAAAGGCUGUAUGGCAUAUCGGUCUUGGAACUCACCGAAAUGAAUGGUUACGACGACAAGAAUUAUAAGAUUAUCGAAGAUCCAAACGUCAAAAAUCCUCUAAUAACGAACCAUUCGCCUCAUGGAUACGUUCUGAAAAUCAUGAAUUCUAUGGACUCUAAAAAUGUCAGCUUCGUAGAAGCUCAGAAUGAAAUUAUGAACUUUUUACUGACACGGUCAGUGACUUGCCCAAAGCCCGUGCGCAAUGUCUUCGGACAUUUACACUCGGUGGAAAACAUCGGUGGCAAGCAGCACGUAGUCCGUCUACUGGAGUUCGUACCAGGCGAGCUGUUGAAGGAUGUGCCUAAGUCUGAGGCACUGUUCUACCAACUUGGAGAAUUCGUUGCUAAUUUGGAUAAUAAAUUACAGAACUUUAACCACUCGGGUCUGGUCUCCCGUGAGCACAUGUGGAUGCUAACAAAGGUCCCGGAUUUGGAAAAGUUCAAAUACGUCAUCAAGGAUACUGAAAAGCUCGAUUUGGUUGAAGAGGUAAUAGAAGAAUUCAAAUAUGCCAUAGUUCCUCGUCUAGAUGAACUAGAGAAGGGCGUGAUACAUGGUGAUAUCAACGAGAUGAACAUCCUCGCCACCUCCAAAAUACCGAACAGCAAAUCCGACUAUCGCAUUUCCGGUGUUCUGGACUUUGGUGACAUUCAGGACAGCUACUAUGUCUUCGAGCUGGCCAUCACUAUGACCUACGUGAUGCUGUUAUCUGGAGACCCCCGCUCGGGCGGCCUAGUGCUAGCAGGAUACACAGUCAACAGGAGAUUACCAGAUGACGAAUACCGCCUGCUUAAAACCCUGAUUUCAGCCCGUCUAGUGCAGAGCCUUACGCUGGGGGCUUACUCCAUUGACCAAGAUCCCAACAACCACUACGUUACCUCGACCGAGAAGGCAGACGGUUGGGGUUUCCUAAAGAAAUUACGAAAAUCAAAACCAAACCCAGAAGAUGACCCGACUGACUGGAAAGCCAUUGCUAAUGAAUACUUAACUAGAAGUUAAUUUAUAGGUGCAUCUUAAAAUAAUUAAAUUAUUCAAAUAAGGAUGUGAAAUUAAGUUUCAGUAGAAUGAUAAACACAUGUAUUCCAUAUGUCUGUUUUGAAAAAAUAUAUUGAUAGUUAAUAUAUACGAGUAGAUAUACAUAUGUAGAAGAUUUUCUUUAUCGAUUGAGUAUUUAAUUUGUUUAUGUCAACUUUAAUAACUAUA